CGGGGUUGGCUAGUUUGUUCUUCACAUUUGCCGGCAAUUUCUUGUAUGGAAACUUCGUAUGUGGCGUACGUGUGAUGAAACAAGUAGUUUUAAUUUUCAAUAAAAGACACUUUAUAUUUAGAGAUUUUUUAUACCUCAUUCUCUUCUUUGUAACAGAAAAAUGAACAUUUUAUAGCUCCGAGACUUAUAGUUAUAAUUUGUAUGUCAAGUGGAAAGAGGUUAUGUGUGAAUUUCUAGUGAACUUUUACUGCGUGUUGUAGUUUGUAAUUUCCUGCCAAAUGCUAAAAGCAUAAGUUAGAGAGAAAUCGGUGGCCACUAAACUGACACCGGUACGGACAUGAAUUCAGAGCGAGAAUCCAAGGAUCUAGAGGGCACAGGUACGACUUCGGAAUCUGUGACAGUCGUACGUAGAGAAGAAAGUGCAGUUGAGGACACACGUGCGGCUUUGGAAUCUGUGACAGACAUACCUAGACAAGAAAGUGCAAUUGAGGUAGAUGUGACUUCCUAAUGUGAAUUGUGUUGUUUUGGCGUGCCAUGCAGUGAUGGAAAUGUUUGUGGUCUGCUUCUACAUGUUGCUGACAAAGAAGAUGAAAGUGAUUGAAAACUUGAAGUGAACCAUGUAAUAUAUGUUUGAGAGCAUUCAACGAGUACGUGCGAAUCUUCGUGAAAACGCCAGAUAUGCCUGUGUGUUCCGCCCCGAAUUGUAAGAAUCGACUGGAGAAUGGUAUUCGCUUUUUCCGUUUGCCAAGUGACGAAGAAAGGAGGAGAUGGUGGUUGGAGAAUAGCGGGAGAACGAACUGGCAACCGACAGACAGCAGUCGCUUUUGCGAAAUUGGGAUGGCGUAGAACUACUGAAAUAUCUGCUCAUCAGGCUGCAAUGUCUGAUGUGCUUUCGCACAAAUUGCCACCCAACGCCAUUCUGAAUGACUCAGAAGUGGAUUCCUUGGUCCCUAAUGUAAAGCAGAGUGAUGUCUUUGAAGAUUCUUUUUCAAAUAAUGAGGACUGUGAUUUCUUACCCAACCAACAGGCUGAGACAGUAAUGCGUCAGAUCCCUAAUGUGGCCCAAUGGGUUGUGGAUCAUGCUUAUGUUAAGGAGACUGUUGACCACAUUAAGCUAAACAACAAUAGUCCUACGAAGGUGAGAAAAGGAAGCCAUUGUGAUGAGCAAACUGAUCAACAGGGGAGUCAGACUCCAGAGCCUUUGCAUUUAUUGCAGGUUCCAGAACAAGACAACACUACCAGAAAAACUCUAAGAGGACAGAUAAUCCAAGAGAAUAAUGGAAUUCGCAGUUGGAGGAGAGGUGUGUUAGGUCGACGAAAUCCUUUUGUUGAUUUGAGUGAAUCAGAAGAAACAGAUGUGACUGGUGAUUCUACAAAAGAGAGAGACAGAAAUGAGUCUCCACAAAGAUGUAAAAUAGAAGUAAUGGGAGUGAAAAGUCUGCGUGGCAAAGGGUCAACAAACUAUUAUGUAAGAGGAGCUAAUGCCUGGAAACCAAUCGGAGAACCAGUUGUGCAGUUGACUCCAUUAGCAUCAAUAAGCAAUAAAAAUGAACAAUUCAAUUGUGUCAAGCCCCUUGCAGGCCAAACGUUCAGCCAAAGCAGCUUUAGAAAUGGGGUUUCAGAGAGAAGAGGAAGAGGACGUGGAAGGAGGGGAAGAGGCAGGGGAAUAAGCAGAGGGAUCGCUAGAGAACAACAGAAUGCAGAAGUUAAAAAGUCAAUCACUCAGGGUGAAUGUACAGAAGGAAAAGCAAACAUUGGACAUGUAGAGAAAGAAGAGAACAUGGAAGAACAGAAAAUGGAAUUAUCCGAGAGAAUGCAACAAGCAUUGUCUCUUAGAAGAGUUCAAAGAAUUAGAGGUGGGAGAGGAAGGGGAAGAGGGAGAGGAAGGGGAAUAGGAAUAGGAAAGGAAAUAGGAAUGGGAAGAGGGAGGGGGAGGGGAAGAGGAAGAGGGAGGGGAAGGGGAAGUGUGAAUGUGUACACUACAGUAUUAGGGACAAAAAGUUUUGGUGCUGCUAGUAAUCAUGUUGGACUGUUAAAAUCAAGGUUUUACCGAAGACGAGGGACACCUAGAGGUAGGGGAAGAGGUAGAGGGAGGGGGACGUUAAUUGUGGCUGGAACUGAGACUGGAACAAUGAAGGAAGGUUCUGUAGAUUCAGAUGUUAAUAGAGUUAAGCUAAAGAAAUCACAGGUAAGCCUAAAUGUGAAAAGAGGUGGUGUGUUUGUUGGUUUGACUAGAAGGGGAAGAGGGCGAGGGAGGGGAAGAAGUGUGGAAUUAAGAGUGUCAGAGAGGUUAAAAGAUAGAACAGAAAAUACUUGUACAGUCAAUAAUGCAAUGUUAUGUGAACCAAUCGUACAUGAUACUCAGACAAGUGAGCCAAACACCUUGCAAAAAGUGAAUGUUAGUGAGAAUGUAAAUGUGAAGCCCAGUGGAAUCUCGAGAGAAAUGGUGGAAAGAGGUGGACCUUGGGGAAUGGGAGAGAGCACAAGAGGAAGAAAGAGAGGACGAGGGAGACCACGAGGAAGAGGGAGAUCACUAGGCAGUGGAAGAGACAGGCAGGAGGAGACACAUUUAAAAGAAGCAGGUUCCUCUGAUGAUUCAGAUGCAUCAUCAAUUUUUGGGUCGAAUGAGCCAGGGAUGGACAGUCAAAUCAAGACUUCACUUUAUGGUGAAGGUUGUAAGUUCCCAUGUUCUUUCUGUGGAAUGGCGUUCGCCACACCCUUUUACAUGGAGGUUCACGGCCGCCUCUGUGCAAUGGCUCCUGGGAAAGGUGCAUUUUCUUGUGAUUCUUGCGAACGUCUUUACUUGAAUGCUGAUGAUUUGGCUGCUCAUACGACUACGCAUGUUAUGUGACAUUCAUAAGUAUUUAUGUAAAAACAAUUCAUGUGUAAAUAUGAAUUUCAACUUGAAAGAUGACGCUGUGUCGGGUGUGCUACAAAGAAAUGGUAGAAAUUGCUUUAAUUCGUCAGUACCCUUUUGAAUCUCUGCUGUGAAAACUGUUUCCAGGUUUUAUUUAUUAGUUAACUUCCAACAUUAUUGAAAUAAAAAUGUUAUGAAACCCUUUGUCUUAGAAAAUUCUAUUUUAAACUUCCUGAUGUUAACUUUUCAUUCAGUUCAUUGCCUUAAGUAAUGAAAGGCUUUUUUUUACAUUGAUACCUUUCAUUUUUAAAAAAAAUCGUAUCUUUAGUUUUAUUCUUUAAAAUCUUCCUACAAUUUUCAAUGAAGUUAAUUAAUUCUUAGUUGAAUUAAUUCAGAAUAUAAUUUAGAUGCUUCGUUUGGAAUUAAGAUUCUCUAUAUUUAUAAUAGCUUUUUACAAAAGGGAAAUCAAAAGUGACGAGUGUUGGAGUGACAAAACUGAUUAAAUAAAAAUAUACCUAAAUGGCUGCAAAAAGAGAAGUGAUCCAAGGACAAUUUUUAUUAAUAAAAGAUUUUUAAAGGA